AGUCUAUACAGUCAGGCCAGAGCAGUGCACAGUGGAGAGAAACAAUACCAAACGGAACGAUCGCAAGAACGUCAACAGUACAGUAUAGACAGAACUCAGAAGUAUAGCAAAGCCGUAGUCUCUCAACGCAAGGUUGAACAUAUAGCGGAGAGUGGAGGUUGACCAUCAGGCAGCCUACAAUCGUCAUCAUUGUGUUUGCGUCUUUUUCGUUCCCAGCGAACCGCAAGAGUGAGAAAAAGAGGAGGGAAGGGAGAAGAGAAGAUAUAGCGUAUAUAGCGAACAUCAGCACAGUGUGGUCUAGCAUCGAGCAGACGGAGGCUACGUGACAUAUGUCGUGUGUACAUAGUACACACAACGGUCGCCCGUAGUCGCGUCUCUCGGACGUAGGAAGGAAGAGGCUGCAGAUCGUCAUCUGGCGGGCCAUUUUUUCGCGCUCGCUCGCAUCCCAUUAGCCGCCAACGCUUUGUGAAGUUACGCUUUAUAGUUUAUACAGAGACGCGGGCGUUCGCGAGGAGAAGAGGAGAGAUAAAGGCACGGCAUAAUGUCCGUCGUCUGGCGAUAGCUCGCGGGCGCGCGCGCGCGCGAGUCAGAGAGAGAGAGAGAGAGAGAGAGAGAGAGAGAAAAGUAUACACCUACUCGGUGUGGGAAAGCAGUGCAGUGCAGUACACACGGCUUUAUAGAUCUCGGCUGAGCAGAACUGACCACCCGCACACGCCUACGUCCAGGUAGACAUGUUCCCGUAGUGCUUUCCGCUGAGCAGCGAGUAUAGACCGUGUCACUGUGUGUACACAAUAACGCAUAUAACAUAUCAGUGUCGUGCGCGCGGAACGGAGAGCCGAGACAGUGCGUUGGUAUUAUAAACAGAGCCGAGGCCGCAGCGGAACAGCACAACGUCGAGGCUGCGGGGAGAUACUUCUUCCUUCCUCGGCCGCGAGCCGAGAAAGAGGCUUCGUCGUACAUGCACUAGGAUUCAAAAUUUUGGAGAGAUUUUCCCAGACCCUCGGAGUCUAGGGCUGUAGCAAAGUCACUACGUUCAAGAGACUGAGAUGGAAAGCUCUGAGGAACCAACAAGCCUGCAAUCCAUUUGCCAUCUGCGUGCUUCUGAACUGUUUCCAAAGCCUGCACACUUUGAUUGUGAGGAUUCAAAUCUCACAGUACCAUUUGUGCUCUUGAGUGGAGAAUACAUUGUUGCUCUGGGACGUACAUCGGAUGGAGUACUGGCGCUGUCAAACUAUAGGCUGUACUUACAACUUGGUCAAGAAUGCUAUAAUGUACCGCUGGGUCUAAUUGAGCAUCUGGAAGUAAAGGAGAUCUUUUACCUGCACAUUGGCUGCAAAGAUGCUCGUUCAAUAAGUUGCGCUUUUUCCACCAACGAGCACUGCUUAGAAUGGUUCAAGCGACUCCACAAAGUCACCUUCCCGAGGAGAAGCAUCGAAGAUAUGUUUGCCUUUGCAUACUAUGCCUGGUCAAUGGAAGAAGGCAAAGAUAUUCCACGACUAGGAAAAGAUUGCGAUUCUUACCUCACAACUUUCAAUUCAGAAGUCGAACGGCUAAAGUUCAAUUUGCACGGGAGUUGGCGUAUUAGUCAGAUAAACAAAGAUUACCAAAUGUGCCCAUCUUACCCCCCUCAGCUUCUCGUUCCUGCGUGCAUUUCAGACGUGACUCUCGAGGCUGUCGCCAAGUUUAGGAGUUCCCGGCGAAUUCCUGCGAUUGUCUGGAGGCACGUCACUAAUGGAGCUGUGAUAGCUCGCAGUAGUCAACCGGAAGUUGGCUGGUUAGGGUGGCGAAAGCCUGAAGAUGAAGAUCUUCUGAAAGCUUUAUCGGAUGCAUGUUCCUACGACAGAGGCGAAUCUACCAUGAUCGACUCGCCGGUCAGUUAUUCCGACCCUGGUGACGAGCCCAUCUCACCAGUAACUACAAAGAAAGUCCUCAUCGUCGAUGCCAGAUCCUACACAACGGCGGUAGCGAAUCGAGCGCGCGGAGGCGGUUGCGAAUGUCCCGAGUAUUACCCAAACUGCGAAAUACAAUUCAUGAAUCUUCCCAACAUCCACUCGAUCAGAAAGAGUUUCCACGCGGUGCGACAGCUCUGUGCCUCCGACGCCGAUCAGAACAACUGGCUGAGCUUGUUGGAGGGAACAAGAUGGUUGCAGCACAUGUCGGGCUUGUUGAGAGCAGCUGUCACAGUUGCUUCAGCGAUCGAAAGAGAUGGGAGGCCAGUAUUAGUACAUUGCAGCGAUGGCUGGGACAGAACGCCUCAGAUUGUCGCACUUGCCCAAAUCCUACUCGAUCCGUAUUAUCGAACAAUGGAGGGUUUUCAAGUUUUAUGCGAAAGGGAAUGGCUUGAUUUUGGGCAUAAGUUCGCCGAUCGAUGUGGACAGACUGUAGGAUGCGAAGAUCCUAAUGAAAGAUGCCCCGUAUUUUUGCAAUGGCUAGACUGUGUACAUCAAUUAAUUAGACAAUUUAAGUGCAGCUUCCAGAUGUCAUCUGCAUACCUUGUGAAAUUAGCUCAACAUACUUAUUCUCAAUUAUUUGGCACAUUUUUGUGCAAUACUAGACAGGAAAGGCUACAAUUAAGGAUACGAGAUCGUACCUUUUCCGUUUGGCGCUUUUUAAAUUCUACAUCCUUCGUUAAUCAUUUGUAUUCCCCUUCGAAAAAUCAAGUAUUAUGGCCUAGUUGCAAUGUACGAGAUCUUAAACUUUGGUCUGCAGUCUACUUAGGAACUGUUGAGACACCUAUAGGUAUCAGUGAUAUUAAACCACGAGUAUCGAUGAUCGACAUUGAAACUGGUGAUAAUGAAGAGCCACAGAAACAGAUGACAAAAACUCGUUCUUACGGAGAUCUUAUCCUAGCACAAGAUCACACGGCUCAUCUGCAUCGCAGGUUAAGCGAUCCAAGUAUUUCGAUCGAAAAGAAAUUUGAAUCUAUAAAUUUAGAAAACGAGCCAGAAAAAGUAACUAAUAACGAUAGUGAUAAAACUCAAGCGGUUAGUGAAAAUUCUAAAGAGACUGAAGAUAGGAAGAAUUUGCCGAAUGGGGAGAGUGCGUCAAAUGAAGCGCCAGUAAACACUUCUGUAGACAGCUCUACCGACACAAUAAUACCCAACGGCGAUUUAAUUAUCGCCAAAGAUAAUACCGAAAAAAACACAAUACAAGCUGCGAAUCACGUACAAGAACCAGUUUCUCGAUGGGUCGACACAGGAACUGUCAACCGUCCUACAUGCAACUGCAAUCAGAAUAACGAGGGCAGCGAUGUCAGCGAGACAAGUGUGCCUCUACCGUCGCGAACACCGAGUAGUAUUUGCCCGGCGUCACCGAUCCACCAAGACAUUAUGAUUGAUAAUUUCGAUCGACUCGACGACGUCGAUGGCCUUCCAGUCAUUCAUUGCGACGUGCAGAUGAGAGUUCAACAGAUUAUCGUCGAAAAUAAGCUCAAAGAAGAAGCACUGCGGAAAGAAUUGCACACAACUAGAAUGGCAUUAAUCAAAAAAGUUUGCAAUCAUGACACAGAUACAGAUCGAGUUGAUGAGAUUGGCUCGUUACCCGACUCUGUAGGAAGCACCGCAGAUCACGGAGAAUCGUUACCUUCUGACAUGUCUUGGGAAGCUUUAGACGAACCCGGGCCAGCUCCUACGCUAUGGGUUCCCGACCACGCUGUCAAUCGAUGCAUGGGAUGUGAUACGGAAUUUUGGCUUGGGAGACGCAAACACCACUGCAGAUGCUGCGGUAAAAUAUUUUGCGCUGACUGUUCGGAAAACUCGACGCCCCUGCCCAGCGAGCAGCUCUACAAUCCCGUUCGUGUGUGCAGUGAAUGUUUCUCGCGCCUACACCAUCAUACAAGUCCGUGUCAAUGCGCCAGUCGCCACCAGAGCAAGAUUGAAAACGAGAUCGAGUCGGUCCCACCGCCACCGCCACCAAUGGCUAACUUCCCGACUUCUGGCGUCGCAUGUCACCGAUCAGCUAGCAAGCCCGUUACUCCCUCGAGUCUUGGUAAGGAUGACUGCUGCGAGUCGCCGUUCCAAAUUGUCCAACAAAAGCAAAGUCAACAACCGCCAAUUGUUGAGGCGAGCAGCGCAAACUGAGCGCCGGCGCUCAGCGGUCGUUUCUGGCACGUUGGGAGGAGCCUUUCUCAGGAACAUAAUGGAAACGGAAAAGAGUGAUUACAAAUCUGCAAUUCUGCAUCGUAUGUACUUGACUAGAGUCAAGCGCGCGGAUGCUAUAAGAGAGCUGUAACGAUGUCGAUUUUUGUCGAAUUUAUACAUAAUUUGUAUCGUACAUAAUGUCUAUACGUUAAAAAGAAAGAUUUAAAACAAAAAACUAAAAAUAAUUACAAUAUGGAUUUAAAAGAAUAAUAACAAUCACGCGGUAGGCACGAUGUGGCGCAAGUUAAUAUUUAUUUCUCGAUUCGUCAUUUAUACUUAACCGGUAUACUUGAGUAUACGCGGUGGAAUGUAUCUGUACGCGAGGCUGAUAGUGAGAGGGUGUGAGACUGCAUGAGUCCCAUAGGGAAGCAAGCAAAUUAUUAAAGGUAUAAAGUCUUAUUUCUUAUUUAAUGUAAAAAAAUUAAGUUUAGAAUGAGAAUGAGAGGAAGAACUGAAAUAUGAAAAAAUUGUUUUACUUUAGAUUUUUGGCGUUUGAUUCGAGUGAGGGUAUGUUUUAGGCUGGCUGUGAGAGAUGUUUAAUUUUAGACGUCGAACAAAUAAAAAGUUUUAAUUACUGAUUGUUGGCCGAUUUUAAAAACAACAAAAAAAGAAAUAGUUCAAUUAUGGUUGCAAUUAAAUUUUGUGUAAAUAUAUUUAUAUUCGCGCAUACCGUCUUCGUAUAAAAAGGGAUUAGUUCACUAGUGUGUUCUGGUGUUUUUAUUGUUAUUUCGUGCUCUUGAGUAGUAAUAAGAAUUCCUCUCUUUGCAACGACCGGGCGCUCUUAUCUCGAAAAUGUUUUGGUACUCGAGCGAGCGGAAACGCAUGGGCUUGUUGUUCGACGAAUAAAACUGAUGUGUACUGCUCGUCGAGUGCCAAUUUUAACUACAAAAAGAAUAAAUAAAAGCAAAAAUAAGAAAAAGCAACCAUAACAAUUUUAUACUUGGAAGAUUGAAAGAGCAAAAUACAAGUAUAUUGGACGACACCUGAUAAUGCAUUAGGAGAUUGCGAAAUGUACAUAUACAAUAAAUCACAAAGAAAAUCGAAGGCAAAAAGAGUCAAAGUAUUUUCGCGUUCUUUACUGUAUUUAGACGUUAACCGCGUAGUUCUCAGAUAGCGAUUGCACGUGCGCAUCUGUGAAAUGAAUAAAAAAUAAAACCGUUUAUUUACAGUAAAAA